AUGCCAAACUUCUAUUCUAUACCAACUCUUCUAAUUGUCAUCGUCUUAUCACAAGCACAAUCUGACGAUAACGCUGAAUUUCUGUUCGCAAAUGCCAAGAUAUGUGGCGAUCCGUUCUCUGAUCCUGUUUGGAUACCAACAUUGGAUAUGUGCAAUAUAGAAUGUGAUAAGGACACAGAAUAUUGCGUAGAAAACGAAGAACUUAAGCAAGAAUGCAAGAAAAGUAAGUCGUUUGAAUAA